GGAAGCCUAACGUUAGUAACUGCGGCACAGCCAAACCGAAGCACAGCCACAAAUACUGUCUCUGACUUUGAUAGCGGCACCGCAGCUUGAGCGCCAUCAAACUCUAUAACUUGGGGAAAUACACUUGUUCGACAGAACCAUGUACAAUGUUUCGCCCAGCAUUGAGAGUCACGUCCAGAGUUCCUUCAAUUUCCUCGAUGUCCUGGCGCUUCCCUUCAGCUGGCGUUCGAGCGGCAAGAGUAGUAGUAACAGCACGUUCAAGUUCAUAUCAUUCCGCGCCAAAACCCAGCGGUCUUAUCCUUGGCCAAGUUCACAUAUGUAGUAGGAGGCAAAUAUGGCAUGCACAGAGAGGAGUUGCACCAUUUCAUUCUUCUGGGCCGAACCAGGGACUUCCUCUCAUACCGAUUCUACUGGGUGCAUUCAAGGCCUCGACUACUGUGGAGGUAGUGCGCACCGCUGCCCGUAUUGCGCUUACGUUCCUGCCCCUCAUCUUUUUCAAAAAUCGCUGGUCAAAGAAAUACCUCAAGCAUCACGAUAAAUUUCAUCCUGGUGUACUGGUCGAUGAAGAGAAAAAGGCCGAAAUUCUCAAACGUAUACGUGCAAGGACACUUGUUUUUAAUGUGCUUCUUUUUGUCCCUUUCACAUUAUUCUGGUUGGCAAUUCUAGCAAGCGCCGAGCAGACACCUAUCACAGGACGAUGGCGGCUCAUCAUUCUAUCUCCUGAAGAGGAGGAUGAGAUAGCUGCGCAGCUCAGAGGCCCAAAUUGGUAUCAUACUGUCACAGAAAUUCUCUCGAUAGACGGUCCGCCCAAGUUGAUUCCAACCACUGAUUGGCGAUACCAGUGGGUACGUGACACCUUACGGCGAUUGGAGGCUGGCAUUCCCGUAUUACAGCGUGAACAAGAGCUAGCUUCACAUUGGUUAGAUGCAACUCCUGAUCAGCCGCCAUUACCUCCACCUGCAGAGUAUCCCCUACGGCCUCGACCCCGAGCCACGGACACUAUGAGGAGGUGGUCGGAAGGGCUCUGUGGUCGAAGCUCACCUCAUUCGGCUCAUGUCAUCGCUGGACCACCAUAUUCACUUCUUAUCGUUGACAAACACGACGCGGCUAACGCAUUUUCGUACGGCUUUGGGCCAGAUGGCGCUUGCGGCGUCGUGAUUUACUCUGGAUUCAUUGACAACAUCCUUUCCAAAGCUCCUCCAUCAGCUUUCUCGUCUGGCUAUACCCCACAGACUCUACCUGAAGAAAGCUCGUGGUGGACACGCCUUUUCGGUUCGCUCUUUAUCUCACCAUUAUCCACAUUACCACCCCAUCCAGUGCCCACAGAGCAACAAACAGCCGAACUCGCCAUUCUCCUUGCCCAUGAAGUUGCACAUCUCGUUCUCUCGCAUCACCUUGAGACGCUCUCAUCCGUCACUAUCAUGGUCCCUGCCUUGAUUUCCAUGUUUGCUGACUUCACGCGCACCCUCUUAUUCCCCGUGACGAUGUUGUUUGGGCCGUUUGUCAACGACGCAGUUGCCCAGCUGGGUAAAGUUGGUUCUGGGGAACUGACUAAAAUAGGGGAAUACUGCACUAGCGUGCACCAAGAGAUAGAAGCGGAUGUUGUAUCCGCGAGGAUCCUUGCGCAUGCCGGGUUUGAUGCGCGCCAAGCAGUAGCGUUCUGGGAACACAAACAGAAUGCACCUCAAGCUGCCGAAUGUACAUUAACUGGUCGCCCGGAGACAAGCAAUUCGAGUUGGGUGCUUGCCCGACAGAUCACGGGCUCCUCGCAUCCUGUGAAUGAGGUUCGCAUAGAGAAGCUCAAGAGCGAGCUCGUCCGAUGGGAACUGGAAAAACGCGUCGCGGAGAAGAAGCGUAUUAUGGGAGAGCCAGAACGAAGCUCGAUAUUGGCAUUUGUUUGAGAUUAGAGUGUCGAAGCUUUAGGGCUACAAAUUUGGGAAAUGUUGUAAUUUAUUUGCCAACUGCAGUCCGUUCCUUUUGAUAUCUUUUAUACACGAUUUAUCGUUAGCACACCUUGCUUUUAGUUUUACAUUUAGGCAAUGUUCUAUGUACUCAAUGCUCAUAUUGAAAUCGUCAUUCAGGUAUUUAGGCCCUGUUGUCAUUCCUUGGAAGCCAAAUCCUUAUUGGCGGGAGGCAGUACGGAAACGUCGUGCAGGUGCUGCAGGAU